AUGCAAGCAGCAGCUAAGGCAGCAGCAACUGCUGCAGCAGCACCUUCUGAUGCUGCCUCUAAAGCUGCUGCAGCAGUAGCAGGGAGAAACAGCAACAACAGCAGCAAGCAGCGGCAUCGGACUAAGAGGGGUAGCGGCAGCAGCAGCAGCAACAGCAGCAGAGCUGCAGCAACCGUGAAGAUAGGAGCAGCAGGGCAAGACACUGCUGCAACGGCGGGAGACGCAGCAGCAGCAGCAGCAGAUGCAGCAGCAGCAGAUGCAGCAGCAGCUGCAGCAGCAGCUGCAGCAGCAGCUGCAGCAGCAGCAGGAGUAUAG